AUGUAUCAAUGACGUAAUCCAAAACAAAAACAUAUGAUGGCAGCCGACCGUCAGUAUCACAUUAAAGAAAGGCUUUUAAUCAUUUAUUACAAUUAAUACUUAAUUAUGUGAGAGCACCCUAAAUAGUCAAAUAAAUGUUUCAAAUCCCAUUAUAGAGUCGACAUAUCUACUUAUAAUUUUUUAUUCAAUGGUGAUUGAAUAUUUUAGUAUACAAAAAAAAGAAAGGGAAUUAUUGGCAUAUAAAAUCAAUUAAAGUCGUGUGCUUUUUAUUGCUAAUUAAAACUAAAUCAAAAUGUCUAAAUCUUUACCCGAGAACGUUUUUGUAUCAUCGGAUGAAAUGAUAGAAAAAGUGAAAAUAUUUGAUUCAACUGUUGAAAUGAUUGGAGUCGUCGAUGUAAUUGAAGCGAAACAAGUAGUAGGCAAAAACACAAAAUAUAUGAUUUUUAAGUUUUUCAUUAAAAACAAUGGAGGACAUCGAGUUCAAGUGAAAGUAUGGAAUGAUGAAAUUCAACGAGUUGAACAUUUAAUUAAAAUGAAUAUGUUUCUUCAUAUUGAUGGUGCUUCAGCAAAACCUCAAUCAAUAGGAAAAUUCAACGAGGGAACUGUUCCUUAUGAACUCUUAAUUCAAUCCAAUACUGUUAUUACCAAUUACAUGAUCCCGAAAAGUGAAGUAGAACGUACGGUAGUAAUACCAAAAUUCACAGUAUUUCAGGAAAUUGCCAGUGCAUCAACAAACAUUAUCCGAGUUGGAGGAUAUUUAAAAACACCUUUUAAUAAGGUGAUUGACGAAAGGACUAACGAAUUCCGUUUCACGUGUGGUUCGAUAACUGAUGGAAUUUAUCAACUGGAAAUCAGAAUAAAAUCAUUUCAGGAAUCAAUAAAAAUUCAAAAAGGUGAACCAAUUGAAGUGCAAGGUGUUAUGAAUUGGAAAAAACCAGUAUUUCUGACUGUGGAUAGCAUGAACUCGAUUACUCAAUUAAACACUCCAAGAAUGACUUUUAUUAAUCUUUUAAAAGGAUCGAAGAAAAUGGAAAAAGAUAUUACAGAUAAAAAUUAA